GGGACUAGGGCCGAGCUCCUGCAUUCCUGACAGGGAUGAAGGUAGAGCCAUGUUACCUGCUACCUAAUCUCGCUGGUGCUGAUGUAGUUUGUGGAUAUGGUCCGAGACUUGGCUCUGUGCACAGACUCUCAGCUCUGAUCCCACCCGAGACGAUUUAGCGGCAGCAGAGACCCCAGCUGUGGAGCACGCUCCCCCAACCACCCCACGACGGAGGGGCUGCAGCGCUGGAGAGUUACUAUGCAGCUUGGACUGCUUGUGGUGGUGUUUUUUCUAAGCUCGAUGGAUCUAACAGGCAGCAGCAAAGUGGUGAAGGGCAAGAGGCAAAGACGAAUCAGCACCGAGCUGAGUCAGGGCUGUGCCAGAGGUUGUGACCUGUGCUCUGAGUUCAAUGGGUGCCUGAGGUGUUCCCCUAAACUCUUCAUCCUUCUGGAGAGGAACGAUAUCCGACAAAUUGGGAUUUGCCUGCCUUCUUGUCCACUGGGAUACUUUGGCCUUCGCAAUACGGACAUGAACAAGUGCAUCAAAUGCAAAAUUGAGAACUGUGAGUCGUGUUUCAGUCGAAACUUUUGCACAAAAUGUAAGGAAGGUUUGUAUUUGCACAAAGGGAGAUGUUACGUCACGUGCCCUGAAGGCUACGCUGCUGCCAACGGCACCAUGGAGUGCAGCAGUCCUGCACAAUGUGAAAUGAGCGAGUGGGGGCCGUGGGGACCCUGCUCCAAGAAAAGGAAGCUCUGUGGCUUCAAGAAGGGCAAUGAGGACCGAACACGGCGGAUCCUGCAGGCUCCCUCUGGGGACGUGUCCCUGUGCCCUGCAACCACGGAGGUGCGGCGGUGCACGGUGCAGAAGAGCCAGUGCCCCGAAGGGAAAAGGAAGAAAAAGGAAGAGCAAGGAAAGCAAGAUAAUGGGAAUAGAAAUCGGAAAGACACCAAAGACACUAAGUCUGGCACCAAGAAGAGGAAGAACAAACAGAGAGGGGCCACUAUGGCCGCGACGCCCGCUAGCCCGGCCCAGUAGCUGGCCCUGUCACCUGAUGGCAAGACUCCAUUGCUGCUAUGUAU